AGAUCGGUGACAGCCCCGAGGGCCCCCGCCCGCCCCCCACGCAGCUGAGCCCUUCCCCGGGCCCGGGCCCAUGGCCGAGGCGGACCCCCCCGGUCCCCCCCAGGACGAGGCAGGGAAGGUGCUGGAUGCUCAGGACUCGGAUUCAGACAUUGAGAGUGGAGCCUCAUCUGGAGAGACCGAGAUGGAUUUUUUACGAAAUCUCUUCUCCCGGACCCUGGGCCUGGGCAGCGAGAAGCGGGAAAAGCUGUUGGAUGAACUUUCCUUGGAAGGGGUGACAAGGUUCAUCCAGAGUGAUCGAUGUCAGAACAUCAUCUGCAUGGUGGGGGCUGGAAUUUCUACAUCUGCAGGCAUCCCUGACUUUCGCUCCCCUACCACCGGCCUGUAUUCCAACUUGGAGAAGUACAACCUUCCAUAUCCUGAAGCUAUCUUUGAAAUCAACUACUUUAAGAAACACCCUGAGCCUUUCUUCGCCCUGGCCCGGGAGCUGUACCCAGGGCAAUUUAAGCCCACUGUGUGUCAUUACUUCAUUCGUCUGCUCAAGGAGAAGGGACUGCUGCUGCGAUGCUACACCCAGAACAUUGACACACUGGAGCGGGUGGCUGGGCUUCAGCCUCAGGAUCUGGUCGAAGCCCACGGGACCUUCUACACAUCUCACUGUGUCAGCUCCCACUGCAGGAAGGAGUACAGUCUAGGCUGGAUGAAAGAUAAGAUCUUCUCCGAGGUGACCCCCAAGUGUGACAAGUGCCAGAGUCUGGUGAAGCCAGACAUCGUCUUCUUUGGCGAGACCCUCCCAGCCCGCUUCUUCUCGUACAUGCAGUCGGAUUUCCAGAAGGUGGAUCUGCUUAUCAUCAUGGGCACGUCCCUACAAGUGCAGCCCUUUGCCUCCCUUGUUAGCAAGGCCCCACUGGCUACUCCUCGACUCCUCAUCAACAAGGAGAAGACAGGCCAGCGUGACCCCUUCUUGGGGCUCAUGGGGAUGGGUGGAAGCAUGGAUUUCGACUCAGAGAAGGCCUAUAGGGACGUGGCCUGGCUCGGGGACUGCGAUCAGGGCUGCUUGGCUCUGGCUGACCUCCUGGGAUGGAAGAAGGAGCUGGAGGCCCUCGUGAAGAAGGAGCACGCUGCCAUCGAGGCUCAGGCCGGAGCCAGCCCGCAUCCUCUCACCCCCCCAGAGACCAACAAGGAUUCUAGCAAAGCCGAAGGAGAGAAGGCCCAGUGAUUCCGCCAGCACACUGCCGGGGCCAGAGAUCAGGGGCCCCUCUCCCUGGGCCGCUAGCUUGGGACAGACAUCGCCCUCAUCUCUAACUCAUCUCUAGAGGAGAGUAGAUCCUAAAUCUCUAACCCUGCCAGGCCCUCCCUGCUCCUCCUGGGACAUGGCCUGGGUUCUAAACAUGCCCCGGGUGUCUGACCUUCCCUAGGAGACGGGCACCUCUGCUCUCAGCGUUCUCUAACCUCUAACCACACUGGGGUUCGGCUUCUCAGUGGGGGGGUUGGGGCUUAAACAUCCCCUGGCUCCUAACACCUCCUCCCCCUGGGCCCUGCUCCUCCUGGCACCAGGACCCGGGCCCCUGCCAUGUCCCCUCCCCAGGGAGAUGGGCGUCUCUGCCCCCGUCCCUCCUAACAGCUAACCCAGACCUUGGGAGACGAGGCCCUGCGCUGCCGAGCUCCCCACACCUACUCCCCUCCCUUGGACACUGCAGGAGGGCAGAGGGGGGCAUGUCUGUGACUGGAGCUAAAUAAAGCUAAGAAUGGGAUCAGA